CCUUCCUUCUUUCCUAGCCUGGCUGACUUGAAGCUCUCCCAUCAGAAAAGCCCACCCUAACUAACUCUCGAUCGCUUCUUCCCCAACGUAAACACACCGACCACGCUCACAACGCAGCCUGCCUCCUAAGAAAUCAGACAAGAUGGCUGACAACUUUGAAGAGAUCGCAAAGCAGUUCAUCGAGUUCUACUACAACCAGUUCGACUCGGACCGCAAGGGACUCUCCAGCCUCUACCGUGAGCAAUCUAUGCUGACUUUCGAGUCUGCUUCAUCCCUUGGCGUCAACUCCAUCGUUGAGAAACUUUCGUCUCUGCCCUUCCAGAAGGUCAAGCACCAGGUUACAACCCUCGAUGCCCAGCCCACCCUUGAAGGCGGCAUCAUCAUUCUCGUCACCGGCCAGCUCCUGGUCGACGAGGAGCAGCGCCCCAUGAACUACACCCAGGCUUUCCAGCUGCUGCGUGAUCCCUCCGGCAACUACUUCGUCUUCAACGACAUCUUCAAGCUUGUCUACGGUUAAGCGUUACGGUUGUUGAUGAGAUACAUGCGCCACUUGCUCUGACCGCCUGGGGCCAGAGGCAUGACUUUUGGCAGUUCAGAGGAGAUUGAUGAAUUGACGAGGCCCAGAUAUCCGACUUCGAAGAACUGGGCAUGGAUAGAAGAGGGGCAUGAAAGCGCCUUUUCCCCGAUUUCUCUUUCUACCAUCUACUGGGAUUGGGCGAGCACGUUGGCAAUGGGUGGUUCCACCCCUGGACCUUCCAAGGACUCAAAGACGGCCCUGUUGAUUUGUAUGGCCUUUUAGAGAAAUGGGAAUAUACCAUUACUGCUGACACCGAUGACGCCCCCUUGAUAUCGCAAAUGACCUUGGCCUCGCUUUGACACUUUUGUCCCUUUCCUGCGCCUUAUACAAACCUUCAUCACAAGACUAACAGGAGACCCUCAACAC